CGUAUGUUUCCAUUGGUCAUUAAUUUUGAAUCAUGUUUGCAUAUGUAUGGAAAUUGUCGGGAUGUGGCCAAUGUUGGAAUUCCUUGAAUUGAGGAUUAAGCGGAAAUAUCAAAUUAUUUCAAUCAGCGGCAAAUUUUAACACUACUUUGUUAAUGUCGGAUUAGACAACAACGUACUUAACACAGAUGUGUAGUUGAGAGCCUGCCUGUACUGUUAAACUGGCAAGCAUUUGGAUGCAUUUUCGUAAACAAAACUUAACAACACAUCGGUUAAAAUUGAAAGUGUUAAUAGAAAAUUAGACAUUAAAUAGAAUGGCGACUACUGAGAUCUCAAGAGAAGGAAGCAAGAAAGUUAAAGACGUUUGUCAAGAUUUUAUGACAAGAGAGGAUGAGGCCUUAGCACAAAGGUUACAGGAUGAAGAAUUUCAGACUCAUUACCUGAAAAACAGAGAAGAGCGUGGGACUGCAAGAGUUGAUGUGAAGGCUGCAAAAAAUGCAUACCUGGAGGAAGUGAAACAAGCAGGCCUUCUUAGAGAAUAUGAGUAUCAAAGGCUUGCUGCUGAUGAUGCUUGGCUAGCUAGUGAACUCCAACAGAGGCUAGAUGAAGAGGAAAACCUGGAAUCACAGCAGAGAAGCGUCAAUGAAAUGCAAGAUGAGGAAUAUGCAAUGUUUCUUCAAGAAAGGGAAAAGGAGAAAGUGAAGCGUGAACGGGCGAGAAGACUUAGAAAUAGAAUUGAACGCGAGAGGAAGGAGCUAUCGCGAAUCGAAAGAGAACGGGGAGGAGAAGCAGAGGAAGGUCCAAGCACCAAAGAAUACGGCUUUCCGCAUUCCGGCUCGCGAAAAGCACAUUCAACAGCGUCUGCUGAGGGAGAUGCGCCUGUUCAGCGUGUCUCGAUAAAAAAGGAUGAUGAAACAUGGAGUGACCUUCGCAGUUACGAAGUUGAGGAUGAACACGCAGCAGGGGAAAAAAACAGGCAGCAAGAGCUGGAAGAUGAGGAACUCGCAAGGCGGCUUCAACAACGAGAGCAAGAAAAGUUGCGAAAGUUAAUGGAGGAACGUGAUCGGCGACUUGCACUGAAGAUGCAGAAGCAAGAAACUGAAGAAUAUCGACGAGAGCGCGCCGAAAGGCAAGCGAGGAAGGCAUCGUCUAUCCGAGAGCAAUCAGCGGAUGCCACUUCGGCAGAAGAUCAAGAAUCGAGAAGUGAAACGCAAAGGGAGAAACGAAGAGAAAACAGUGAUCAUCAUGAUCAUCACCUCCAGAAAAAUGACAAGUGUGAUCCAUCUCUUCAUUAUUAUGAAAGGCCUGUUUACAAUGUUGAAGUUGCCAGCACCAAAAACUCUAAAAACGGAUCAACGUCUCAAAAGGAUAGCAAUUUGGAAAGUAGGCAAAAAGUUAAUUUGGGAGCAUCUAAAACAAAACACGAACCGGUUUAUGAAGUCAUCGACCCAGAGAUUAUCUUGGCAGAGAGUGGAACGGAACCGAACAAGAUAACUCAGCGAGACUGUAAUGAGAAUAGGAGACUUCCAGAUAAGUUAGAAGAUGAAAGAAUACAAGGACAUGGCACUCCUUCACAGAGGAAUUCGUUUAAGUCGAAGGAUCGUACAUCACAAGUAGCGUCUCGCGUUCGAGAUGAAGGGCCAGGCGAAGAAAUUGGUAACCAACGUUUCUCUAAUGUUGCUGCUAGUAUUGACCCGACUUUCCGGGGUGACGUAAAAGAAGAAGCACCCGGAGCAGAUGACCGGAUAUGGGUCAUAGGGGAUAGCGGAAUUCGGGUGUCUUCUAAUUCGAAGCCAGAACCACUCAUUCAGAAUACGAGAAGAAAACAGUCGAAAGAUAAGUCAGCAAAAGACAAAGAGAAAUGUAAACAGCAAUGAUUUAUAAUUAGAUGUUUAAUGUUGAAGAAAAUUUCAAUUAUAGUUUUCUAGUAGUCGAACAAAAACUCAGAAAAACCAAAGCCACAGGUCAAUAACUUUAUAUUCCUACUACGGGUGACAUAAGCAACGACCUCUUAGCGUUAUAUCGAGGCUACUCUUCUCAAAAAGGCCGCGAUGCUCUUUUCUUAUAUCAUUGCAUGUUAUAGAUUCUCCUAUUAGCUUUUAGAUAUAUUAGCAUUUAAUCGAGUUUGUGUAUAUUUUUCUUAUAAGGAUGUUUCAGUUGUCACGUAUAACUUAGAUAAGUAGAGUUUUUAGCUUCCUGUUGGUAAGGUUGAUAGUUCAAGAACUAGUAGCAUUUAAUAACUGCUUUAGGGAAUAGUAAUCUGUGACUUUGCUGUUAUGGAAAACUGAAAAACAAUGGUACAUUUAAAGGGUUUAUUAGAAACCAUAAUCGUUUCAACGCAAAUUGAAUCCUUUGAAUGGACAAGUGUAUAUUUGUCCCAUACAAUUACAUUGCUAUUACGCUGAAUCCUUUACCUAUUGGCUGACGUUAUAUUUACCAUACUGUUUCACAAAAUCACAUGUGAGAAAGUUUCAACACAAUAUUGCCCACAAAUGUAUUUUCUUCAAACUUAUAGGAGUUUGUGUAAUUUGUCCCUCGUUAGUCGACAAAGUUCCAAUUGCAACUUAUUUUAGCGCACUUUAUGUUCGGUUUGGAUGCAAGUCAAUGGAGGGAUUGUUGAUAUGUGUGUAUUUUUCGCCCUCUAUAGUUUUUGCACGUUAUCUCAACCAGAUAGGUAACCUUUUACACUAUUUGAUCAAUCCGUUAUUGCACUGCGUUAAAAUAAAACUAAUCGUGUAGCUCAUAUUUAAAACAUUGUUAAACUUUCACUUUUAAAGAUAGCGAAAAACCAAGCUAUUGCUGUAAAAACAUUGAAAAAUUAGGUAUAAGUGUUUGUUUUGCUUUGUACCUGAAAGUGAAUGUGUAUGGUAUAUAAAACUAAAAUGGCUUGAAUUCAAAUUUUACAAAUC